AUGGAGAAGUUGGACUCUGUGGCGAAAGACAUCUUAAGGACUGCCAAUGUUGAUAUGGAGGCACUGAGGAUGCUUUCGAGGGAGGAGCUUCGUGACCUCUUCCCAGGGCCUGACCAUUUUUUGAGACGGAAAUCUAUAUGGGAUCUGUGUCACCCCGCGGAGAAGGCCUCAAGCGGUUCCUCUGCCGCCUUCACUGUGAUCAGCGAUGAAACGGAGUGUGCGGCCACUGGAACCAGUAGUGGGGGAAGUGACGGCAAAGAGGAGGAGAAUAGUGGGGGGGGUACUACCGGUACAUGCAGAACGCUUACACUGCCAAGCCCCCAAUACGUGAUAUACACUGAUAGUGAAUUGGAGAGUGUGAAAUCUUACUUUUUUCAAUUGAAAAGACUCGGGAGAGCAGGAGAGUGCGAGUUGUCUAAAGAGCUAACAUGUAGACUGAUCCGGAAUACAAUAACCAACAUGGUGUCAGGAGUGAGGGCAUUGCACUGUGAAGAGAAGCAGUAUCCAUCCAAGGAGGACCUUGUAGCCAUGUCCAAACGUCUGGUGGUCUACUAUCCCAUGCUCUCCGAUAAGCUUGACGUACAGCGUCCAUGGAUUGAAGUCUUCAAGCGGCUGCAAAAGAGGAUCCACAAUGUUCGAUCACCCAAGAAAAGCCAGGGCAGCACUCCGGGCCACAGCCCGCUCUCCACGCUCCGUGAUGUCCACAGCCCGCUCUCCACUCUCCAUGAGGGCCACAGCCCGCUCUCCACGCUCCGUGAGGUCCACACUCCGCUCUCCACUCUCCGUGAUGUCCACAGCCCGCUCUCCACUCUCCAUGAGGGCCACAGCCCGCUCUCCACUCUCCGUGAGGGCCACAGCCCGCUCUCCACUCUCCAUGAGGGCCACAGCCCGCUCUCCACUCUCCAUGAGGGCCACAGCCCGUCAAGUACUCCAGAGCCAGCUAUUGGUACUAGCAUUGCCCAGGCCAGGCAUUACAGGACUCUUCAGGCGAUUGGGCGAAAGACCAAGCAAAAUCAAGACGAUGUCGCUCAGCUGCUGGACCUCGAAUUUGAAGGAAGACGACAAUUCAUUGACUCCGACACCCUGAAGGAAGCGGACAGACCUGGCAAAAUCCUUGAGGCCUACUCGUGCUUCAAGAACAUAGACCAUGUUCUUGAGGAGCUGAGAAGAAUUGUGGCGAAAGACAAUGGACAGUAUGUGAAGGAGCGCUGGGCAGACUUCAGAACCAAACUCGCCUUCUAUGGAGUGUACAAGAAGGUCCUGAAGCCACCGAUGGGACUUCCUCCAGAUGAGCAAGCCAUGGACCUGAUGAAAUCACUGCCGGACAUGUUCCCAUCUGGAUACCCUGCACCAAAGAAGAUGGCAUCGCCGGCAGAGGCACUCAUUCAUGUUCUGCAGCCCACAGAGGCCCCAGAUGUGUACUUAAGAAGAUUUCCACUUGCUGUGCCAUUUGUCCUCGUGGGAGAAGAGGACUGCUUCCUGUAUGCCGGGAAUACCCCUGUCGUGUCCUUUGCCAGGAGCUGCCUUGCAGAGUCCGUCCUGUAUGUAACCGGGGGUCUUAAAAGGUCCUAA